AAUUCGAAACGUUUUUGGGGCAAAUCAGACGUCAGGAGAGAGAGAGAGAGAGAGAGAGAGAGAGAGAUCCACCCCAAUGGCAAUCGGCACCAACAACGAAGAAGACAACCGACUGGCGCAAAAAAUCGCCAGGGUUUUCGACGAAACCCGGUCCUCAAACGCCACGCACAUCCGCAAGCUCAAGGACCUCUCCGCCCUCCGAUCAUCAUUAUCCUCAUCGUCCCCGGCCCGAUUCCUCUCCGCGUUUUCCAAAACCCUAACCCCGAUCUUCGACUUCCCCCGCCGGGUCGCCUCGGCUGAGCGCAUCGUCAGGUUCGUCGCCUCCUUCGCCGUCACUCCUGAUUCGAAAAAUGCCUCCCUUUCUGACUCCUUCUUGGAGGAUUUCCUUCGGUUCCUCCUUGGCGCCACGGCUGCUGCUAACAAAACGGCGAGGUUUCGGGCCUGUCAGAUUAUCUCCGAGAUCAUAAUGCGGUUGCCAGACGAUGCAGAGGUCAGCAAUGAAGUCUGGGAUGAAGUGAUAGAGUGCAUGAAGUCGCGGGCUGUUGAUAAGGUCCCUGUUAUUCGCACGUUUGCAGUUAGAUCUCUCUCUCGCUUUGUGAAUGAUUCUGAGAAUGUUGACAUCCUUGACUUGUUCCUUGAGUUGCUGCCUCUAGAGCAAAAUGCGGAGGUUCGUAAGGCUAUCGUGCUAUCUUUGCCUCCUUCAAAAGCAACUUCAACGCCAAUCAUCAAUUGCACGUUGGAUGUGUCCGAGUCUGUUCGCAAAGCAGCAUAUUGUGUUUUGGCUUCUAAAUUUCCUCUUCAGAGUCUCAGCAUCAAGCUUCGGACAGUUAUUCUACAGAGAGGACUUGCUGAUCGUUCUGCAGCUGUGACAAAGGAGUGUCUAAAACUACUGAAAGAGGAUUGGCUUGUGAAAUGUUGCAAUGGAGAUCCCAUUGAGCUCCUCAAAUUCCUUGAUGUGGAAACCUAUGAAUCAGUUGGAGAAUCAGUAAUGACAGCUCUAUUAAAUGCUGAGUUGGUGAAAGUACAAGAUAGUCAAAGUAUCCGACAACUUAUAGUACUUAGUGGCACUAAAAAUCAAGGGCAACGGAACCAAGGCAUCCAGCUAAUGGAACCAGAAGUUGCAUUUUAUUGGAGGAUUGUUUGUAUGCACUUGCAGAAAGAAGCACAAGCAAAAGGUUCUGAUGCUGCUGCAACGAUGGGCACUGAAGCAGAAGUAUAUGCUGCAGAAGCUUCAGACAGCAAUGAUCUUCUGGAGAGAGUUCUUCCUGCAACCAUUUCAGAGUACAUAGAAUUGGUUAAAGCUCAUCUUGAUGCUGGACCAAAUUACCGGUUUUCAUCUCGGCAGCUGCUAUUACUUGGUGCCAUGCUCGAUUUUUCUGAUUCUACAAACAGGAGAGUUGCUAGUUCAUUCGUGCAGGAGUUACUGCACAGGCCUCUAGAGUAUGAAGUAGAUGAAAAUGGAAACAAGGUUGUAAUAGGAGAUGGCAUCAAUGUUGGUGGAGAUAAAGAUUGGGCAGAUGCGGUGUCACAAUUAGCAAAAAGAGUGCAUUCUGCUUCCGGUGAAUUCGAAGAAGUUGUUUUAGGGGUUUUGCAGGGGCUUGUCCUACCUUGCCGAGAAAGAACUGCAGACUUCAUGCAGUGGAUGCACUGCCUUGCUGUGACUGGCCUCCUUUUGGAAAACGCAAAGUCUUUCCGUUGGAUGCAAGGAAAGUCUAUUGAGCCAUCAGAGUUACUGCAGUCUUUACUGCUUCCAGGGGCGAAGCAUGUUCAUCUAGAUGUUCAGAGGGUUGCUACCAGGUGUCUUGGUAUUUAUGGAUUGUUAGAGAGAAAGCCAAGCGAGGAGCUAGUAAAGCAGUUAAGGGUUUGUUUUGUCAGGGGACCGUCACCUGUAAGUGUGAUGGCUUGCAAGGCAUUGUCUGAUCUUUCAUUGUGGCAUGGUCCUCAGGAAGUUGACAGAGCCAUGGGGCAGGAUCUCUCAUCCCAACUAAGGGAUCAAGCUACAUUUUUUUGUCCUGUUGAAAUAUCUGACACAAAUGGGGACUUGAAUAUCGAAUUGCUUGAUUUGUUAUUUUCUGGAUUUGACGGGGCAAAAUAUGAAGAUCCAGAUGAGAAUGAGUCGGUUCAGGCUGUUCUUGGAGAGGGUUUUGCGAAGAUUCUUCUCCUAAGUGAGAACUACCCAAGCAUUCCUGCUUCUUCGAAUCCUUUAGUUUUGGCCAAGCUCAUUGGCCUUUAUUUUAGUGACAAAACUAAAAAACUGCUGAGGUUGAGACAGUGUUUGUCUGUGUUCUUUGAGCAUUAUCCAUGCCUCUUGAUUACUCACAAGAGAUGUUUAUCCAAAGCCUUUAUUCCCGUUAUGCGUUCCAUAUGGCCAGGCAUUAAUGGAAAUGCUGGGGGAUCUUCAUUAAUGAUUUCCAACAUGCGUAAACGUGCUGUCCAAGCAUCCCGUUUUAUGCUCCAGAUGAUGCAGGCUCCUUUAUACGAAAAAGAGAAAGAAACAGUGAAUGGUCUGGAAACCCCUGAUGGUUCAGUGCAUCCUUCACAUGACUUUGAGAAUGGGAACGAAGGUCUGGCGAUACGCAUAGCAACCGAGGUUGCAAACUUCCACAUGACAAAAAAGGCGGCCGAGAAAUCAUAUGUUUCAGCACUAUGUAGAAUACUUGUCCAACUUCAUUUCCGUUCAUCCGAACAAGGGGCAAUAAAGUUGAUGAGGAUGCUCUUGACUCGUGUGGCUGAGACUAUUGCCACAGAGAAGGACAUUGUAAAGGAGUUGAAGCGGAUGGCUGAACGUCUUAAGGCAGUAGAUGAGAAUCCAGAUAAGGAUUUAUCAAUUGACGAAGCCAACGUUAUCUUGGGGAGGUUGGAGCUAGACCUUGACCUCAACCCAAAUGAUUCCACGGAAAUGCCACCAACACCAGCACCGCGAUCAACCAAGCCAGCCCGUCCUAGGAGAAGAGCUAGGCAUCAAGAUGAAUCUUCCUCCGACGAAAGUUCAACCCAUUCGGUUGCCCCUACACCCAAUCCUGGUGUAACGAGCACACGCUCACAGCGGGUAAGUAAGACCGCAGCUCUAACUAAGAUGACUACUGCCCAUAGAGCCGUGAAAUUCAACGAUUAUAUAGAAGAGGACGGAGAAGAAGAAGAAGGCUCAGAGGUGACGUCUGACGAGGAUUCCGGUGAAUCCGAUCAGUCCAGUGAAUGAUUGUGUUUGUCAUUUGAGAACAUUGUCCGUUCAACACUGAUCUUUUUCCUCUUGUUGUAUGGUUGUUUGUUGGAGUGGGUUAGGAACUUAGGACAGCUAUUGAAUUUUGUAAAGUUGUGAUUUGAGUGUCAAAAAGGUCUACAAAAAUGUUUCGUUCUCACUGCUCCGAUUCUAAAUUGAUUGCAGCUAAA